GUAACGUCAGGCCUCUUGCUGGAAUCAGUGUCGGGAGCUACAGCGCUGCUCUAUAGAGAUACGCAUAAUCAGUCUGCAAGGAGUGGCUGCUGCUGCUGCUGCAAGGCGACCGGAUCCCGUCAGCAGCCGCUACAAGCACUGUCUUCCUGCAUCUUCUCACAGCUGCUGAGGGCCGCACACUGAGUGCUGGAUUGAAAUGACGCUGUAAGUCGAUAUACCAGAUGAUGCAGAUGAUGUUGAUAUACCAGAAAUAUAGCACUAAAUGAAAAAGACUUUAAAUUUCACAUUCCAGAAAGGAAGCUAGCCUUCCUUCUGACAAGAUGUCGGUAAGAGAGCGCAGUCCACGUCAUGGUGCCAGGCCUCACUCCACUAUUGAUGUCAGCUCUGAAAUGAUGGGCUUGUCAUUGGCAGGAAACUUCCAAGACCCUGAUGAGCCAAUAUUAGAAUUUAGUUUAGCAUGCAGUGAACUUACUACACCAUCACUGGAUAGGAAACCAAAUAGUUUUGUAGCAAUUAGUGUUACAACUCCACCUCAGGCUUUCUGGACUAAACAUGCACAGACCGAGAUCAUAGAGGGGACAAGCAAUCCAAGAUUUCUCAGCAGCAUUGCCUUUUUCCAAGACUCUCUGAUAAAUCAGAUGACCCAGAUCAAGUUGUCAGUUUAUGAUGUAAAAGACAAAUCUCAGGGAACUAUGUAUUUGUUGGGUUUUGGGAAGUUCACUGUAAGAGAUGUUCUACAGGAGAAGAAUCACAGGCUGUGUUUACCACUAUGUUCUGCAGAGCAAGAACCUGUGGGUAAAAUCACUGUAAUAGGCUGGCAGAUGGAGGAAAAGACUGACCAACGGACUGCUGUGACCAGAUCACCUGAAACUACCAUUAAUGGAAGGACUGUUCUUCCUGUUGAUGAAAGUUUAACAGAAUCUCUAGGAAUUAGGUCAAAAUAUGCAUCGCUAAGAAAAGACACAUUACUGAAAACGGUGUUUGGCGGUGCAAUAUGUAGGAUGUAUAGGUUCCCUACCACAGAUGGUAACCACCUGCGGAUACUGGAGCAAAUGGCCGAGAGUGUACUCUCUUUGCACAUUCCCCGACAAUUUGUGAAACUGCUUCUGGAAGAGGAUGCUGCCAGGGUUUGUGAGUUAGAAGAACUCGGGGAGCUCUCUCCAUGUUGGGAAAACCUUCGCAGGCAGAUAGUGACUCAAUACCAAACCAUUAUACUGACAUACCAGGAAAACAUGACCAACCUCCAUCAGUACAAAGGUGUGUCAUUUAAAGCAAGUAGCUUAAAAGCAGACAAAAAAUUAGAAUUUGUUCCUACGAAUUUGCAUAUUCAGAGAAUGCGAGUUCAAGAUGAAUCUGCACCAGAUCAAAAUUAUGAUAUAGUAACAAUUGGGGCACCAGCUGCUCACUGCCAAGGCUUUAAGUCUGGGGGCUUACGGAAGCAGAUGCACAAAUUUGAAGAAGCUAAAAAACAGGUUCCCUUACAGAGAGAACUUGACUUUCCUCGUCAAUGCAGUACUACAUCGUGCCCACAGUCUAUUGUGUACAUACCGCAGGAUAUAAUUCGAGCAAAAGAGAUCAUUGCCCACAUCAAUACGCUAAAGACUCAAGUCAGUUAUUAUGCAGAGAGAUUGUCCAGGGCAGCCAAAGACCGAUCGGCCAAUGGACUCGAGAGAACACUUGCCAUCUUGGCUGAUAAGACUAGGCAACUAGUCACAGUCUGUGACUGCAAACUAUUAGCAAAUUCAAUACAUGGACUCAAUGCUGCUCGACCAGACUACAUUGCAUCCAAAGCCUCUCCUACAUCUGCUGAAGCUGAUCAAGUCAUGCUAAGGAAUGACCAGGACACCUUGGUGGCAAAGUGGACAGGGAGAAACAGCAGGUCAUCUUUGCAAGUAGACUGGCAUGAGGAGGAGUGGGAUAAAGUGUGGUCGAAUGUGGAUAAAAGUCUAGAAUGUAUUAUUCAGAGGGUAGACAAGCUUCUACAGAAGGAACACUUGCACAGCGACAGCUGCGACGAUGUCUUUCAGUGUGAAAUCAGUUGUUCUAGCAAGAAAGGUAAUCUGAAAAAUCAAGCAUACUGGAUAAAUCCAACAGCCUCCGAUGAUGAGGCCCUAUCAUCUCCAUCAUCAUCUCCAUCAUCUCCUGCAUGCCAUCCUUCCCAGUUUACAAAUUCCAGUUCAGCAUCUGAAGAUCCCUGCCCACCAGGUGAAUGGAGUGAAGCCCUUUACCCCUUGCUGAGCACACUUACAGACUGUGUAGCCAUGAUGAGUGACAAGGCAAAGAAAGCCAUGGCGUUCCUGCUGAUGCAGGACAGUGCUCCGACUAUUGCCAUGUAUCUCAGCCUCCAGUACCGCAGAGAUGUUGUCUUCUGCCAGUCUCUGACAGCGGUUAUCUGUGGCUUUAUUAUCAAAUUGAGAAACUGUCUUCAUGAUAAUGGAUUUCUGCGGCAGCUCUACACUAUUGGCCUGCUGGCUCAGUUUGAGAGCCUCCUAAGCACAUAUGGAGAAGAAUUGCCAAUGCUGGAAGACAUGAGUAUAGGAAUCAUGGACUUGAGGAAUGUAACAUUCAAAGUAACUCAAGCUAUAUCCAGUGCCUCCUCGGAUAUGCUGCCUGUUAUAACUGGAAACCGUGAUGGAUUUAAUGUCCGAAUCCCAUUGCCGAGUGCUUUAUUUGAUGCUCUUCCACGUGAGCUUCAGAGUGGCAUGCUGCUAAGGGUUCAACCGGUCCUUUUCAAUGUGGGAAUCAAUGAACAACAAACGCUGGCAGAAAAGUUUGGAGAUACAUCACUUCAGGAGUUAAUAAAUAUGGAGAGCCUGAUGCGGUUAAAUUCCUAUUAUGAGCAGUUCAAAGAGGUUUUACCAGAAGAUUUUCUUCCUAGGUCACGUAGUCAAACAUGCCUCCCAGAACUACUUAGGUUCCUUGGUCAAAAUGUUCAUGCACGAAAAAACAAAAAUGUGGACAUCUUGUGGCAAGCUGCAGAGAUAUGUCGACGGCUGAAUGGUGUGCGCUUCACAAGCUGUAAGAGCGCCAAGGACCGUACAGCUAUGUCAGUGACACUGGAGCAGUGCCUGAUCCUGCAGCAUGAACAUGGAAUGGCCCCCCAGGUUUUCACACAAGCACUAGAGUGCAUGCGAAGCAUUGGAACAAGAGAAAUAGUCACGCAGAAGAACUUAUGUGGCUUGGUUCCGAUCCGAGAUUUCAGGCUAGACCCAAGCCUUCUCUACUCUAUUCCUUUAUUAGCGAUGAGCCCAAACUUACUGAUAGUCUGGCUGUGCCUCAGUAUAGCCUACUUGGUGGCCAGAUUUCGCUGCAAAUGAAGAGAUGGCAGAAAAAGAAAUGUUUGGCAAUAUGGCACCCCCUUUAGGCUGGGGGGAAGAAAUGUAUCACAGACAUGACCAACGAGUGUCAUCUGUAUAUGCCUUACAAGUUGACAUUUCAGUUUGUUUUAUAAAACUUUCUCGGAAUGUAGAAAGGUCUCAGUGGAGAAAAAGAGCAAAUAAUUUUUGUGCAUACGUUUACUCAUAAUACCUUCUUACCUCACGUCCUUGAUGCUGCUUCCUACCAUUGCGUUACGCACUGUGUAGCUCACAGACUACUCAAUUCAUGCUCGUUCCAUCCAGCAUGCUGUAAUCUAAAUGUAGCUGUAGGCAAAAAUAUUAGCAUGACUCUGGUUUCUUUCUAUAAUCUAACAGCGUGAUACUGCUUUCUUAAGCCAUAAUUGUUGGACUAGUCUCUUGAUUAUGACGUGUAUAUUUAAUACACACACAUAUAUCCACACAAGGCAAUGGGUGCUAAUGUCUAUGUAUAAUUUAAAGAUACAAUACCUAAUUUACCUUUUAAAACUCACAUCAGACACAAUAAAUACAGUGGUGUGCAGUCACAAAAACCAGUCAGACUAGUGCAUAUAUAUACCGAUUCCCCCUUGUUCAGCGUAAGUUUAUUGAAUAGGACUAGUGUGAAAGAUUUGUGGUUUUAGAUAUUUCUUAAAGGGGUUGUUCACCUUCAAACAACUAGUUGUUU